AUGGCGUAUCAGCGCCGCAUCGUCGUAUCCACGAAAUUGUAGACAGGACAAUACCAGGUGAUAAAAUAAUUCUCUUUCUCGCUGAGAAACGCUAUUUCUGCCGAUAUUGCUCGAUAUUCAUUCAAUACGGAUGAAUGAAUUCUCGUCGGCAAUAGACGCGCAAGGAACUUGUGCCUAAUAUCCGUCCGAUAUAAGAGAAGCAUUUUAAUCUGUAUCUUACUGCGCACACACAUGUGACGCGGGGUAUACAUGUGCACAUGUGAAAUUCGUACAGCGGUCAAAAAAUGUCUCAAGAAGACGACGUCGGAUUUUUAUACAAAACGAUGAUUGAGAGAGACCCCAAAAAGAGAAGAGUGAAACCGGUUGAAUCUGCGCAACAGUCCCUGCUUGAUUUCGAUUUGGGAGAAAGUUCAGAUGACAGUGACUUUAGAAUUGAAGAUCAUUGCGAGGAAUCUGAUGAUGAUGAUGAUUCAGUAGAUUCUAAUAAUGUUGGAAAAGAAGAGGAAAAUGUGUCUGAGGAAUCUGAUGACUCCUUAGAAGAUCCAUUAUUGAGAGGAAAAGAUAAUGCUGGCUUAACUGUGGGUGAUGUAAUUGAACAAGCUCGCCAGCAAACUUUAAAGGGUGCACCUCUUGAUGAAAAAUUGAAUAAAAUGCUGAUUUGCUGUGGUUGUUUGGGAGACAGAAGCGAUGAUAUAAACGAAAUCGUUGAAUGUGAUGGUUGUGGAGCUAGUGUUCACGAAGGUUGUUAUGGUGUAUCAGACGUAGAGAGUUUCUCAAGUACUGAUUCUUUAUGUCAAUCAGCACCUUGGUUUUGCGAAGCAUGCAGUGCAGGUGUUGAAAAUCCAUCGUGCGAACUUUGUCCUAAUCAAGGAGGAAUUUUUAAAGAAACUGACGUCGGGAAAUGGGUUCAUUUGGUUUGCUCUCUUUAUAUACCCGGUGUUGCUUUUGGUGAAGUUGAUCGUUUGUCGAGUGUAACAUUGUUUGAAAUGGCGUAUACCAAAUGGGGUGCAAGAACGUGUUCUUUGUGCGAGGAUUCGAGUUACGCUCGCACAGGCGUAUGCAUCGAGUGCGACGCCGGAAUGUGUCAUACAUAUUUUCACGUAACCUGCGCGCAAAGAGAAGGUUUACUGUCAGAACCACAUAGUGAAGAAGUUGACCAAGCAGAUCCAUUCUAUGCGCAUUGUAAAUUGCAUUCUGACAAAUCUCUCGUUCGUAAGCGUAGACGUAACUGGUUAGCCUUACAACUGCGUGCGCAGUAUCGACAACAGUUGUUGAAGCAACCCAAUAACUUAAACACGGAAGAACAAGAAAGAAUUCAAAGAAAGUUAGCAAAACACAGACACAAAUAUCUCGCUCACAAAGCGUCCCGACCACCACCAUGGGUACCCACACAAAAAAUGCCACGUUUAUUAACUACGUCGGCUUCUGCUUGCCGCCAAUUGGCAAGGAAAGCCGAAUUGAUGGGCGUAGAUACAGCCGCAUUGGAAGCGCAAGAAUCUCAGUUGGUAGCGUUAGUAGAUGUUCGAAAAAAAUGGCACAUUGCUCCCGCCUUCAGCGUGGAAUUUAUUGGCUAUUAUUUGGAUCGCAAUUUGCGCGUAACGUCUAUGAAAAGACGAUUACAAGAACUCCUCGAUAUCAACUCGCAAUUACUGAACGAACAACAGAGACUGGACAGAAAGUAUGACGAAGUAAUGAAAGAUAAUGAAGAGCAGAUAAGAAUAAACGUGACACUGAAGGAAAAGAUCGAGCUGUAUCAUCAAGUUCUUAAGACUGCUGGUUACACGAAACAUUUGCCAUCGAUCGCUGAUUUAGCAAAGCCAAGAAUAACGCCUAUACUGGGUACGGGAUUAGGCGUUCCCACGGCAGCCGCAUUGAAAAUGGGCGUCGGAUUUCCAUUGCCUGUGGGUAAAGGUGCUGAAGGUUUGCGCGAGGGUAGGGUAUUGAGUAGCCAAGCGCAGGAACAAAAUCACAAAAGCGAGCUCACGACUUUACGACACCAGUGCGGCAUUUGCAGACGAUCGACCAAUCAACAUCUUCUAGCAAAGUGCGACACGUGUCAUUUGCAUUAUCAUUUGUUCUGCUUGAGCCCACCUCUUUCGCGAAUGCCUAAGAAAACCAGACAAAUGGGAUGGCAAUGUUCAGAGUGCGAUAAAGAAUCUUCAGAAUCGGAGGUGGAACGUGUGGACACGUCGGCGCCUCGUAAAUUGAGACACUGUAAAGAUGACGUUAAUUUAACUCCUAUACCAAUGCAGGAUGUACAAGCAACACCAAGCAUGCCUGUUACAUCGAAGAAUUCCACCAAUAGUGUACUAAAUGUUACCACGCCUGAUAUACAUACAACUCCAAAAUUAACUAUCAAACCAAUGGGCCCACAACCAUCAAUGGAACUUGCACAAACAGCUGAAUCGAUGUACAAUCCACAAUCAAUUAAUAAUAUCCCCGUAAGAGAAGGUUCUCCAGAAUAUAUGGUAGCUUCAGCAGAUGGGACAGAAUCUGUUUCUCAAAGAAGUGGAAAGAAAAGAAGGAGGGAAAAACACAAGAGAUAUUCUCCGGAUCCAAUAACUGGAAUCAAACAAAGAAAGAGGAAACACAAAAGAAAAAGUUUAGAUAUAGAAAAUCCGGAAGUUCAAAGUCAACCGGAAAUUCACAGAAGAAUUACGAUAAAAAUAAAACCGAUUCCACGACCGGAAGGUGAUGCAGCUUCGGAAUCAAGUCCGCAAAUGUUUGUGGCCACUUCUACAAGCACCGAAAUCACAUUGCCACCGCCACCAAUUCCACCUGUAAACGAAUCUCCGAUAAACGUGUCUGCGAAUAGCAGCGGUCGAUUGUCGACAGGGACAAAGAGAAAUAAAGAUACGGAUCUCAUGACGCAGUGUAACGUCUGUGAUAAUCCUGGAACCAAUCAAAAUCUGGUUAAAUGCGACGAAUGUAAAAAAUGUUAUCACUUUACGUGCUUGGAUCCACCUGUGAAAAAAUCUCCGAAAAGAAGAGGAUAUUCCUGGCAUUGUGCCGACUGCGAUCCUAGUGUAAGUUCAUAAGCUUUUAUUUUUCAUAUAAACCUUAGUUUUUAUGUAUUAAAAAUUCAUACAUGAGAAACUGUGAUCAUGGAACAAUUUUUUA